AUGAAGACUCAGAGGAGCACGGGGGAUUAUGGCUAUAACAUGGCAGCAGCCACAGCGUUCUAUGAUAAUCGCUGGCUGCCAUUGGAGCAGCAGACCACGUCCGUGUUGCACAAACCAUUGCAUCGCUAUGCCUCAAAGUUGCAGCACGAAGCAGCAGCUGAGGAGCGACGGAGCUAUAGAAGCAAUUCCUCUGGUGCUGGAGUUGGCGGAUUGGAAGCCAUGCUUAAUGGGCUCUCAAAUCUCUCGGGAGUGGGACACAUUAGCAACGGCUACGCCUCAGUGGCGCCCACGCAUACCGAAGCCUUGGCAGCGGCCUCAUCCAAACAAGAGAUACCCAUUUAUGAGGAACACCACGAGGAUGCGGCUGUCGCAGCGGUGGCAGCAACUGCCAACGAUUAUGGCGGUGCAGGCGGAGCAGGCGGAGUUGGGGCAGGGGCAGGCUACAGCGGCUACGGUGAUGGCGGGCAACAUAUUCAACAGCACUCAAGUGCGGGCCUCCAUUCGACAAUUUACGAUUAUCCAGCUGCUGCUGCUGGAGGAGAAGGCGGAUCACAUGGGGCUGGUUAUCUGCCGGCAUUUGGUGGAGCCGAGCAGUACAAGGAACAGCAGGAGCAGGCGGGACAUCAUUAUGCCUAUGACAAAAUCUCACAACAACAGCAACUGGAACUGGAACACGCCUCCUACUACUCGCCCCACGAAGGGGCAUCCUCGGCGACGGGUGCAAGUGGACCGCAUGACUAUGAGGACCAUGCUGAUGGCGAGGAGCAGGGUUCCAAUUUGCUAGCCGAAUCAAAUGGUCAUGAUGGAGCUCAGGCGCACUCCCAUCAGUCGCAUCAUCAUGUGGAUAUCAUUAACUAUGUGCCCGUGAAGCAUGUCAAGAAGGAGCACGUGCCCGUUGAGAAGCCUGUCAAAAUUCCCAUCUCACAUGCCGUCAUCAUUCCCAUCAAGAAACCCGUUCCCAUUCACAUACCCAUCACCAAGCAGGUUCAAGUCGCUGUCGAAAAGGAGCUGAAGGUGCCAGUGGAACGCAUUAUCCCAGUGCCCGUGGAGAAGCACAUUCCGGUGCCGGUGGAGAAGCGAGUGCCGUACACUGUGAUCAAGUAUCUGCCCAUCAAGGUGCCCAAACCGUUCCCCGUCAAGGUGCCCGUGUUCAAGACGGUGCUCCAUAAGGUCAAGGGAUGGUGGUAGAUGGUGCAAGAGGAGUAACGGAAGGAGUUGGAGCAUCGCCCUUACAUAGAGCUCAUCAUGUAAAUCCGCGCAUGUUCAUUUCAUUAUCAAUAAGCACGUUACGCAUACGCACCGUUGACCGCAUCGUGUUGCGUCUCAUCGCGUCGAGUUGUUAAAUGCAUUUUGGUUAAGGCAAAAGUGUUUUUUUGUUGCUGUUGCCCAAUUUUGUGACUCAUUUAACAUGACAACAAUUUGCAUUCGCAAGAAUAAACAAAAAUAAGUAU